UUUGUCAGGAGACAUUCAGGGUACUGAUGUUCUUAGUCUAAACUGCUGCUUAAGCAUUUUCAGAGCCAUUUUUACUUCUUUUUCUCUGCUUAUGUUUCUCUUUAUGUGCAAGUAGUCACGUGGCCUGCCUGACAGUACAGAGAUUUUUCCCAUAGUGCUGCAUCUGUAGACUUGCACUGAUACAGCUUCCCUUCCAUGGGAGAAAUUCAGCGCUGGUAUAAGCAGUGUUUACAGCACUGCAGCUUGAGCCAGCAGCCAGGCCUUCACAAAGCCUGCUUCCUACCAGCACAGACUUUAUUUAGGGUCACCUAAUGGCAUAGUUGCAAACACCUCUACAGUACCCCUGCUCUUCGUGGUCCCUUCAGUCAAGGGCAGCUCAUUUCACACAUGCUUCUUGGUCUUCCUGGUUCCUUCGCAGACCCUAGGGAAUUGAUGGUGAUCUUCUAGGCACAUGGACUCCAUUUAAUCCAGCAACAGUGAGGUCCAUUCUUGGCAUGUUUGACAGAGAAAACAAAGGUGGUGUGAAUUUCAAUGAAUUCACAGGAGUCUGGAAGUACAUCACAGACUGGCAGAAUGUCUUUCGAACGUAUGACAGAGACAAUUCUGGAAUGAUUGACAAAAAUGAACUAAAGCAAGCACUAACAGGUUUUGGUUACCGACUGUCUGAUCAAUUCUAUGAUAUCCUUAUUCGGAAAUUUGACAGACAAGGAAAAGGACAAGUUGCAUUUGAUGACUUUAUUCAGUGCUGUGUUGUUUUACAGAGGCUGACUGAUGUGUUCCGGCGGUACGAUACUGAUCAAGAUGGCUGGAUUCAGGUGUCCUAUGAGCAGUAUCUUUCCAUGGUCUUCAGCAUCGUAUGACACUGAUAACUAGAAAUUGCACACUGGCAUUACACAGACUGGAGUUGCCAAAUCAUCCUGUACUGAAUAAGAUUAUUGAUGUAUCAUAAUGGAUAUAACUUCACAUUCUUAAAUUUUGUAUUUGUUGGUCAUUACCUUCAGAAUCAGUACUUGAGUUGGUUUUUAUUUUGUAUGACUAGGAUGUGACCAUCUCUGCUUACUGUAAUGUGGAAAGCACAGAAUAUAGAUGUAACUGGUGCAAUGUCAAACGUAACCUUCUUCCACAUAUCUUGCAUGGGAAAAAAUUACUUUAGAAAUGCCAAAUUACAAUAAUGCUUGCUAGUUUAUAAGAGACUUGAAAGUCAAAAGUUGCACAACAUGUUUUGCAUGUGCCUUACUUUUAUAAGAGUUUAAUGUAUUAAUUUUUAAUACAGAAUUUAAAAUUAAGUAAAAAUAUUAGAUCAACUUUUGUAGUCUACUUCACUUUUGUACUUGUUCACUUUUUUUUAAGGAGUUGUUGGUUUUAUUUCUGUAUUCUAGUUUUCUGCAGUCCAGGAGUCCCUCUUCUCACUUCACAGCACUGGCCUUUUUCAUUGCCUUUUUAUUUUCUAGCUGCCUCCUUCUUUCAGGGUAACCUUAGGACAUCUACAGACACACAUACCUUUGUCCAAUACUUCAUCUCCUAAACAAAGUUCCCUACA